GCCCGUGCCGGUCGCGGAUGGCUUCGAGGCGCGCAUCUUUGGCGCGCGCGUCGUCGGCCAGGUCUCCACGCUGGCGCUCGAGGGCGAGGACGGCCCUCUGUUGGCGUCGCGAGCGACCACGCGGGCGCCUGGUACGUCGCGACGAAGGACUCGCUGCUGCACGUCUCGGCGGCUGGGCGCGUGCGCCGCGUGGCAGCCUUGCCAGCAAGUGGAGUCUUCUACACCAUUGCCGCCAGCCCAGACGGGAGCGCGGCGUUUGUGGCGGACUGCAACAACCACAAGAUCCGGCGGGUGGAGGUGGCGACGGGAGAGGUGACGACGCUCGCGGGCAGCGGCACCACGGGCAGCGCCGAUGGCGUGGGCGACGCGGCGCAGUUCGACUGCCCAAAUGGCAUCGCGAUCAGCCCCGACAGCAGCGCGGUGUUUGUGGCGGACUGCGGCAACCGCAAGAUCCGGCGGGUUGAGGUGGCGACUGGCGAGGUGACCACGCUCGCGGGCAGCGGCGAGGGUGGCGGCGCCGAUGGCGUGGGAGGCGCGGCGGAGUUCUACCACCCUUACGGAAACGCCAUCAGCCCAGACGGCGGCGCGCUGUUUGUGGCGGACGUCACCAACCACAAGAUCCAGCGGGUGGAGGUGGCGACUGGCGAGGUGAGGACGAUCGCGGGCAGCGGCGCCAGUGGCAGCACUGACGGCGUGGGCGACGCGGCGCAGUUCGACUGCCCAGCUGGCAUCGCCAUCAGCCCAGACGGCGGCGCGCUCUUUGUGGCGGACAACGGCAACAAGAAGAUCCGGCGGGUGGAUGUGGCGACGGGCGAGGUGACGACGGUCGCGGGCAGUGGCACCAGGGGCAGCGCUGACGGCGUGGGCGACGCGGCGGAGCUCAACGGACCAGCCGAAGUCGCCAUCAGCGCCGACGGCAGCACGCUGUUGGUCAGUUCGAGCGGUGGCCUCCGUCAGGUCUGCGUGGCGGCGCCUCCUCCGCCUCCCUCCUUUGCCCCGAUCGUCGUUCCGCCUUCGACCAUCCUGGCCGACCUCGCAAAGACGCGGGGCGACGCCUCCCUCCCGCAGGGCAUGGUCACCUUCCUGGUCGGCGACGACGAGGAGCGCGUCGAGCACGUCACCAAGGCCAACCUCUGCGCCCGGUCCCCGGUCUUUCGGACCAUGUUCGGCAUCGGCAUGAAGGAGCGCGACGCCACCGAGGUCACGGUGGCCCACACCGACCUCGCCAGCUUCACCGCCCUCAUCGACUACCUCCUCUCCGACAAGUUCGACCUCGGCGAAGAGGAGGGCAGGGCGCAGCGCGCGCUCGACCUGCGGGAGCUGGCGCAGAUGUACCAGGUGCCGCGCCUCGAGCUGCUCUGCGCGCAGGCGCUGCAGGAGAGCGUCGGGCCGGCGACCGCCGUGCCGCUGCUCGAGGCGGCGCACACGAUGGGCGACGGGCGGCUCCUCGCGCAGUGCCGCCGCUUCGUGGCCGACCACGCCGCCGAGGUGCGGGCGAGCGGCGGCGUGGAGCAGCUGCGCGACUUUGGCGUGGCCAAGGGGCUGCUCGGCGACGCGCUCGACCAGGUGGCGGAGCUCAAGG